CGGAGAAAUGGAAGAAACUUCAACUCCCCCAAAAAAAAAAAACUAAACCAAGUAGGAAAGCCUCCCAGGAGAAGCUGGUGAAGAUUGAAGAAGGGGGAGUGAGUGACUGACUGGCUGCGUAUGAAUUUACAAUGAGCCGUACGUGGAUUCGGCAACGUCAUGCCGGAUUCCCUGCCAUGUCCCUCUCCUAUUGGCGUUAUAUUUUGUUUUCCUCUCAUUCAUCUACUGCUGCUGCUGCUUCCUCCUCCUCCAACAACAGUAAAGUACCUGUUGUUUGGGAUUAUUUUAACAAACCCACCACCACCACCACCACCACCAAUCUUGGCGGUGGAGGUGGCGGUGACGCAAUCACGGUUCAACUCUUUUCGUGGGGGCAUGGCGCCUCUGGCCAACUGGGCGGAGGUAUCGAAGAGAUCCGACUAUACCCGGCUCCUGUUGCCUCCCUCGUCCUCCCUCCCUCUUUCCGCAUUUCCCACCCAAUUCCUGGCUGUCUCACCACCACUUUACCGCCAUCCCCACUUAACAACAACAACAAUAACAAUGUGGCUAUGGAUGUGGGUAUCUUUUGCGGCCUUUUUCAUUCGGCACUGCUGGUGGAUGGCAAUUUCUGGAUCUGGGGCAAAGGUGAUGGUGGUCGACUCGGCUUUGGCCAUGAGAACUCUCUAUUCUUCCCCACCUUAAACCCUAAUUUAGAUUGCAUUCGAAGGGUUGCUCUUGGUGGGCUUCAUUCCGUUGCUCUUAACUCUCUUGGACAAGUCUUCACAUGGGGUUAUGGUGGUUUUGGCGCUCUUGGGCAUUCAGUUUAUCAUAGAGAAUUGCUCCCUAGAUUGGUGGAAGGUUCUUGGGAGGGAGAAAUAUGUCACAUCGCAACUAGUGGGACUCAUACUGCUGCUAUCACCAAAUCAGGUGAACUUUAUACUUGGGGUCGAGAUGAAGGAGAAGGUAGACUGGGCCUUGGUCCUGGUCGUGGCCCAAGUGAGGCAGGUGGAUUUAGCAUUCCUUCCAAAGUAAAAGCAUUACCUGUGCCUGUGGCUGCUGUUUCCUGUGGUGGUUUUUUUACUAUGGCAGUGACCGAUGAGGGGCAACUUUGGAAUUGGGGAGCAAACUCCAACUAUGAGCUUGGAAGAGGUGACAAGAUUGGUGGUUGGCAACCACAACCAGUUCCUACCCUCAAAGAUGUUUGUAUUGUUCAUAUAGCAAGUGGUGGAUAUCACUCUCUUGCUUUAACGGAUGAAGGUAAAGUACUUUCGUGGGGUCAUGGUGGACAUGGUCAGUUGGGUCAUUCUUCUACUAAAAAUGAGAAAAUUCCUGUAAUAAUUGAGGCUUUAGCUGAUGAGACGAUCAUCUCUAUUGCCUGUGGGGGUUCAUCGUCAGCAGCUAUAACUGAUAAAGGGAAGUUGUACAUGUGGGGAUAUGCCAGGGAUUCACAAUUAGGGGUUCCUGGGCUGCCAGUGGUACAACUGUCUCCCGUUGAAGUUAAUUUUCUGAUGGACGACGAUGGAUUGGGGACCCACAACGUGCUGUCUGUAGCGAUUGGUGCAUCUCAUGCUCUGUGCUUGGUUUCAAGUUACGAGGAUCAGGAAAAUUGAACAAAUGAAAUCGUUACGGGUCACAAGUGAUACCCUUGAAAUUCCAUCUCGUUCACGUGUAUGGUAAUGGUGAAAGAGUGGUUGCACAAUCCUAAAAAGAUGAACGUGCAAGACAGAUGCAGUGAGGUCCCCUUCUCAUAUUCUCCUGCUGAUGGACCUUUGUUGUUAAAAUGUUUGAAUUGUUCUCAUAUGAGUUGGACCGUUGUGGAAGAAAGGUUUUGUGGAACUUGAGAUCCAUCCAAGAUAUGUAUUAGAACCGUUCUAGAAAUGACACGAUUUGCAGCAAAUGUACUUCUAAUUGUUAAUUUGGACCUUUGACUAUGCUCUUUGGGGGAUCUGUAUAAUGUCUGUACUUUGCUAUAAAUAUAAUUAUGAACCGAUUCCUUUGUGCCCCUCGAGGGAUGAAAAAAAUGAAUGGAAGGGAGAGGAAAAUGGAUAGUUGGGACAUCCCUCCGGAGGGUCCAUGAAUAUUGUCUUCUUCACUAUUUGUUUGGUUGGAUAGAAAAAUAAUGUGUGGGGAGGAGUGCUGGCGGCGGUCUGCCACUGUUGCAUCACACUCCCUACAUGGGGAGGAGUACUGUGUAUUGGUUGAAAAACAAUUUGACCUUUUAAAAGUUGCUCUUGAUUCAAAUGCAAAGUAGACAUCAAGUUUUAAAAAAUCACACAAAUGCGACUCUCAAAGCUCGUUUGCUCCCUUCAUUGUCCCCCCAAGGCCAAAAAAAAAAAGAAAAAAAAAAGAA